UAAACUAUCGACUGCGAGUAAUGUGUAUUUUAGAUUACACAAAAAUAACAAUAUUAUGGAUCUGAGUACAUUGAUUUUAAAACUCCAAAAUAUUCGGAAUUUGAUAUUUUUAUGUAGCUCAAAAUACGAAAACAUUUCAAAUUGAUAUUUUGCAAGAAUGUGGGAUACAUUAUUAGCUAUUUUUAGAAUUUUGCUUAAACACUACAAAUAUAAUUUCUGAUUUUCUAAUACAGACGGAGAAGUUGACCAAAGGAAGAGGCCUCCCUGGCUAUCUCUAGCACUAUCAUGUUGGAGAUUUGUGCAAAAAUCCUUAGUCAAAGGCUUAAAUGCUUUUGUAAUUAAGACCCCCACGUAACUCAUAAUUGCUUCACAGUCUAACCCCUUGAGGGGAUAACCCUAGCCUCGUAACCCCAUCAACCCUAAUCCCCACCUCGUCCCGCGCCCACGCGGCUGCCUCGUCACCUCAUUUUCCCCUCCUCCUUAGACAUUGGCGUCGGUAGGGGAGGUGUCACUCCUUCAGGUCCUAUCGCUGCACCACAUUUGACUCCAACAUCGUCUCCAUCAUGAUGGGCGGCCCUGACGUGGGUGUGACCUAUAGCGUGAGUCGGAUGUCUAUGGUCAUCUCAUGAGCCCGAUGGUGGUCCUGACGAGGGACCCUCCGUGGGGUCAACACGGAGCGCAUCGUGGUGUUGCUAGAGUCUAGGUGUGGCAUGGUGAUGUGCCCGGAGGGGACAACUUGCCGGAAGCCAUGUCUGUUGCGGUUCUUGGCGUGGAAGAGUAUUUUGCAUGGCAGGGAUCUGUUAAAAGAAGGCUUGGUGUGGCGUGUUGGGGAUGGGAAAAAGAUCGAUGUCUGGGCUGAUAACUGAAUCCCAAGGGCUGGCCGGAUGAAGCCACUAGGACAUGAGCCUGGUAUGGAGAUAAGUAAGGUAGAGGAGGUUUUGCUUGAUGGGGGCCAGGGGUGAAAUGAAAGUAGACUGCGUGAGGUUUUCUUUGAUGGUGAUGUUGACGAUAUUCUGAAGAUUCUUGUGGGUAGAGCUGGAACAGAAGACUAUUUAGCUUGGAAUUACACCAAAAACGGGAUAUUCAGUGUACGGUCAGCAUAUCAUCUUAAGAUGCACCUCAACUCAGCAAGAACUGGAUCAGCUAGUUCGUCGUCCAGUCUAGAGGAUCACAGGGGUUGGUUGGCCCUGUGGGCGGCAAAUGUCCCUGGGAAGGCGAAGAUCCAUGUCUGGAGGCUGAUCCAGAACGGUUUGGCUGUUGGUGACGAGUUGCAGAGAAGAAGGAUCGAGAGCGGGGUGCGUUGUAUCGUAUGUGACCGGGAGGAGACUUUGAUGCACCGUUUCUGGGAGUGUGCUCACUCGGCGGAGACGUGGGAGCUUGCACGCAGGCAUUCGGGUCUCCGUCUAAGCCGGCCGAGAGGAUACAUGCGAUGCCACCGUGACUUGCAGGGCUGGCUGCUCCAUUGGUUCGGAUCUUUGAAAGAAGAUGAGAUUAACGUGUGUGUAAUGAUUCUUUACCAGAUGUGGUUGGCGAGAAAUGAGGCGAGGGAGGAGGUGCGGAUUGCCGCCCCACAUGCGAUCGUACAGAAAUCGUUCUUCCUGAUCGAGGAGUGGCAAGGGAUUAGGCCGGCGGGCAAGUCGGGUUCGGUACAGGUGACGGAGCACUGGCUCCCUCCUGCUAGCGGCUGGACAAAGCUCAAUGCUGAUGGUGCGUUCUCGGUGAAGGACGGGACGGGUGGGUGUGGCGUGGUUAUGCGUAAUCACGAUGGUGUGUUCCUGGAGGGAGCCAGCCAUUUUUUCCACCUUGCCGCUGACCCGGAAAGAUCUGAGCUCAUGGCAUGUAAGCAAGCGCUGGCGAUGGCAAGGACGAAGGGGUUGUCGAAGAUUGUGUUGGAAACUGAUUGCCUUGGUGCUGUGGCAAAGAUCAGAAGGACGUAGACAGGUCUAUCCAUGGACCAUUAGUCGAGGAAAUAAAGUCGAUGCUGAAGGACUUCGCCGAUCACUCUAUUAGGCAUGUGCGACGGACUGGGA